CCGAAUUCUAGAGAUCAUCUCAAACAAAACAUACACCUCUCGUCAUUUUCACACAUUACCCCAACACACACCCGUACAUCAUGGUAUUCCCACCUCCCGUGCCAAAAUUGAGACCAUUGGGUCAGUACCGUUUACUGGCUCCAACUGCCUCUGUUCGAGUAUCGCCAUUAUGUCUUGGUGCUAUGAAUUUUGGUGACGCUUGGUAUGACGAAACUGCUAUUAGGCUUUCUUGCGUGGUAUCACUCUCGCUAAUCAUCAUCUGAUAUCUGUUAGGGUCGACUUCAUGGGAGAAUGUAACCGCAAAACCACCGAGGAAAUCCUGGAUACUUUCUACGAUGCUGGUGGAAACUUCAUUGACACUGCCAACAACUAUCAAGUAAGUUAUUGAUUAUUUGAGUAAUUAGUUGUCACGGUUAUAUCACGUGUUGCCAGCCAAGAGCCCUCAGCUGUUCUUUCCAUUAGCCGAGCGUGAAACUCUCUCCACUACAAUCAUUCGACCUAGAAUAGACAAAAUCUGACUAUAUACAGGACGAGCAAUCGGAAACAUGGCUCGGAGAGUGGAUGGAGAAGCGAAAGAACCGUGAUGAGAUGGUGAUUGCUACAAAGUACACCACAUGUUACAAAACUGGCCAGGGCGACGACAACAUCAUCAUCAACACAGUCGGUAAUGGCACCAAGUCAAUGCAUUUGUCGGUAGCAGCCAGUUUGAAGAAGCUCAAAACCGACUACAUCGACCUUCUUUACGUCCACUGGUGGGACUUUACUUGCUCCAUUCCAGAGUUGAUGCAAAGUCUGAAUACUUUGGUAUUGCAAGGCAAAGUCCUUUACCUCGGUAUCAGUGAUACUCCAGCUUGGGUUGUUGCUAAAUGCAAUGAAUACGCAAGACAAAACGGAUUGCGUCAAUUCUCUGUCUAUCAGGGACGUUGGUCAGCCGAGAAUCGGGAUUUCGAGAGUAAGUCCGCACCCAAGUCCGCCCAUCACUUUAGUAGAUUAGGAGGUAUAGCCCUCGAGAGGAAAAGAGAUACUUCCAAAGAAACGGAGGAAGAUAUCAUGUCAUCACUACGUUCGAAAACUAAGCAAGUGCUGACAACUUUGUGGAGGAGAAAUUCUUGGAAUGUGUGCCGCUGAAGGUAUGGGAAUAUGCCCUUGGGGUGCUUUGGGGGGUGGUAAGUUUAAGUCGGAGGAGCAGAGAAACAGUCUAGACAGCAAACAUGGCCGAGCUGGUGCACCGGGUGGUGGUGAUGCAAGCGAGGCUGCUGUCAAGAUCAGCAAAGUUCUUGAAAAGAUCGCCAACAGAGAGAAGACUCAGGUCACCAGUGUUGCAUUGUCAUAUGUCAUGCACAAGGCCCCAUAUGUCUUACCAAUCGUUGGUGGACGAAAAAUUGAGCACCUCAAGGGUAACAUUGAGGGUUUGAGUUUGAGCUUGAGCGAUGAGGAUAUCAAGGAAAUCGAGGGAGCUAACGCUUUCGAUAUUGGAUUCCCCCUCAACUUCUUGGGUGGACCAAAUGGAGUCAAGGGUCCUGGUGAUGUCUGGCUUAUGCCUUGGGCUGGACAUCAACAACAUGUCGAAUGGCCAAAGGUAUGUCUCACCCCUGAUACUCAACAUUUCUCGAGAUAUAGACUGACAGUUUUUUAGCCAAUUGCACACAGACCUCAAAACAGCUGAUUUUAAGGCUGUUGGGAUGGUAGUAUUCUGAAUGAAACAAUUUUUGUCAUUUUGUAAAGCCUGAAACAUUAGUCAUUUGAUCAAUAACAAGUUUUUCAAGAAAUGAACGAAUUAUCAUUGCUUCGGGUAGUUCUUAGGGACUGUGGUGCUCGAGUCUUAGAAUGACCAAGUAGUUGCCCUACCUUGACUAAUAGACAUACAAUAAG